CUUUCGGCAUCCGUCGGAUCCUGAUCUGACGGUUCUCAACCGGGUCGCGUAAACGAUAUUAAUCGCGGGCGCCCUCUCGUCUUCUUCCCUCAGUAUCACAUCUACUCUCAACCACUUCCAACUCCUUUCGGAUUCCUUGAUCGGAAUUCCGCAGCGAGAAUGGGUCUCCGAGGCACGCUAUGCGCUCUGGUUUUGGUGUCGAUUUCAUGUUGGUGUUCUGCUUCCGGGAUCAAAGCUAACCAGACGGCGACGUUGCUCGUUGAUGCUUCACCGGGAAUGGGACGGAUGAUGCCCCAGAACAUGUUCGGCGUCUUCUUCGAGGAGAUCAACCAUGCUGGAGCAGGUGGACUAUGGGCGGAGCUUAUAAGUAAUAGAGGUUUUGAAGAUGGAGGUCCCAAUACUCCUUCGAACAUAUAUCCAUGGUCCAUAAUCGGGAAUGAAACAAACAUUAUUGUAUCAACUGAUCGAACAUCUUGUUUCAUCCGCAAUAAGGUUGCACUUCGAAUGGAAGUACUAUGUGACAAUAACGGAUCCAAUAUUUGUCCAGCAGGAGGUGUUGGUGUAUACAACCCUGGUUUCUGGGGCAUGAAUAUUCAGCAAGGGAAGGCCUAUAAGAUUGCCCUUCAUGUGAGGACUUCGGAGUCGAUGACCUUAUAUCUUUCACUGACAAGUUCAGAUGGCUCGCUAAACCUGGCUACUGCUACAAUUGAAUCUGAUACUUUAGAGAAGACAGACUGGACCAAGGUUGAGCUUCAGGUUGAAUCUAGUGGAACAAAUGUAAAUGCAAGAUUUCAACUGACAACCACUACAAAAGGUGUGAUAUGGUUGGAUCAAGUUUCUGUGAUGCCCUUGGACACAUAUAAGGGGCAUGGUUUCAGGAUGGAGCUUGCUUCGAUGCUAGCAGAUCUGAAACCUCGAUUCCUCAGAUUUCCAGGUGGCUCUUAUGUUGAAGGAGAAUGGUUAAUGAAUGCAUUUCGAUGGAGAGAAACCAUUGGUCCUUGGGAAGAGAGACCUGGGCAUUUCAAUGAUGUUUGGAAGUAUUGGACUGAUGAUGGACUUGGAUUUUAUGAGUUCCUUCAACUAGCAGAAGACAUUGGUGCUCUCCCACUGUGGGUGGUCAAUACUGGAAUAAGCCACAACGACCAAGUUAAUCCCUCAAGCAUAUCAGCUUUUGUAAAGGAUACGCUUGAUGCUAUUGAGUUUGCUAGAGGUGAUUCUGGAUCUAAAUGGGGCUCUAUUCGAGCAUCAAUGGGACAUCCGGAACCCUUUCAACUGUACUAUGUUGCCCUUGGGAAUCAGGAUUGUUCUAAGAGAAACUAUAAAGGAAAUUACUUGAAGUUCUAUUCCGCCAUUAAAGAUGCCUAUCCGGAUAUUCAAGUUAUAUCAAACUGUGAUGGGUCUUCUGGCCCUUUAGAUCAUCCUGCUGAUCUAUAUGACUUUCAUGUUUAUACAUCUGCGAACAACAUGUUUUCCAUGGCUCACCAAUUUGAUCGCACAUCACGUAGUGGCCCCAAGGCCUUUGUUAGUGAGUAUGCUGUGACUGGAAAAGAUGCUGGCAAAGGUAGCUUUUUAGCAGCUCUAGCUCAAGCUGGUUUUCUUAUUGGGUUGGAGAGAAACAGUGACAUUGUUGAGAUGGCAAGCAAUGCACCACUUUUUGUCAAUGACAAUGAUCGAAGGUGGAGUCCAGAUGCAAUUGUCUUUAACUCGUGGCAGCAAUAUGGAACACCGAGCUACUGGAUGCAGCACUUCUUCAAGGAAUCAAGUGGUGCAAUUUUUCAUCCUUCUGUCUUACAAGCUAGUUCCACCAAAUCGUUGAUGGCAUCUGCAAUUACUUGGCAGAAAUCUGAAGAUGGCAACAAGUACCUUAAAAUAAAGAUAGUCAACUGUGGCAGUGACCUUGUGAAUCUAAAGAUCUCUGUCACUGGACUAGAGAAUGAUGUUUGCUCAUGUGUAUCUAAGAAGACUGUGUUUACAGGUGGAUUGACAGAUGAGAAUUCAUUCAGGGAACCAAAAAAGCUCCUGGUCUACGACGCCCUCGGCCUGGGCCACCGCCCCGGCGGCGAGGCCCUCAAGAUGGCCCUCGUUGUCGGUUACAUGUUCCUCUUCGCGUGGCUCGGCCACGUCACGCGGGGUGGCGCCCACAACCCUCUCACCGUGCUCUCCUACGCCUUCUCCGGUGGUCCCGACGGGUUCCUUUUCACAGCCCUGGGAAGGAUCCCUGCGCAGGUGAUAGGAUCAGCAACUGGUGUUAGAUUCAUCAAACAAACCUUUCCUUCGAUAGGCCAUGGACCUCGUUUGAGCAUUGAUAUCCAUCGUGGGGCAUGGACAGAAGGGUUCCUUACAUUUAUGAUCGUGAUGGCCUCACUAAUGCUAAAGAAAAAAGAUCCUGGAAGUUUCUUCAUGAAAACAUGGAUUUCAAGCAUUUUCAAGUUGGCACUUAAUGUCCUUGGUUCUGAUUUAACUGGAGGAAUUAUGAACCCUGCCUCUGCCUUUGCUUGGGCAUAUGCUCGGGGAGAUCACAUAACGUUGGAUCAACUAAUUGUUUACUGGUUUGCGCCCAUUCAAGCAACUUUAUUAGCAGUCUGGACAUUCAGAUUGCUUACCGAGCCAAAGAGCAAGGUGCAAAAAGCUGAUGAAAACAAGGUUAAGUCGGAGUGAAGGAAUGCUCCAACUUUUGCGUUCUCAUUCUUGUAAUAGAAGGUCAGAUUGUUCAUCACACACACCACAUUUAAUUUUGUAAUUGGCAGCUCAAUGCCCAUUAGGGAGGAUGACGUGGACUUGUCUAUGUUUUGACUUGCUCCCCAUGUUGCUGCCACAAAGAUUGCAGUAGAAAGUAGGUUUUUGACACAGUUGUCAUGAUAUAAGAACACAAAAUGAAUGAUUAGAAUGAUGGAGUUGGACAA